GAUGGAUGGUCUGAAGAUGUCUUCGCUGGGGGCUAGACCAAGGGCACUAACUAACCCCCGGAGCUCAGAUAGCCGCACGACUUUUGUUCCCCAAUGAGUCUAUCGGAGCGAGGGAGUCUCCAGGGGCCGUACCGAGAACGGGUUCGGGAUCUUUCCGCUUUGACUCAGUCCAACCGUACUUCUCUUCCAAGGUUGUCGUACCGUACAAGGAAUAUUGGGUGGUAAUAUCCACGUUCACAAUAAGAGGGAGUACCGAGACUUCCGACAUUGACUAUAUCCCCUGGAGCGUCUGGUUUUCUGCGUAGCAGCGACGAUGCCGGUAUAUCACAUCGUUCUCAUGAAGUUCAAGCCUCACGUCGGCGAGGCUGAAAUCGAGAAGUUGAAAGCCAGUGCCGCGAACAUGGUCGGCAAGAUCCCGGGGCUGCAAAGCGUCGAGCUCAACAAACCGCAUCCCAGCACCGCACAUCGAUCCCAGGGAUUCGACUUUGGUCUGGUCGCGGUUUUUGAUAAGGCGGAGACGAUCAAGGUGUUUGCUGAACACCCUGUGCAUUUAGAGUAGGUUUUGAGCUUUCAUUCACGUUAGCGAGCAGAGAGAUCGAGAUGAAUGAUCUGGGGCAGUA